CGGCCGCGGCCCCUGUGAAACGCGGCGGGAGACCCCACGUCGGCCUUUUCCGCCCCGGAUCCCAACAGCGCGGCAGCACGAUGCCUGGUGUCACGGUGAAGGACGUGAAUCAGCAGGAGUUUGUCAAAGCCCUGGGUGCUUUUCUCAAGAAGUCUGGCAAGUUAAAGGUACCCGAUUGGGUUGACACUGUGAAGCUGGGCAAACACAAAGAACUGGCUCCAUAUGACGAGAACUGGUUCUACACUCGGGCUGCCUCCACAGUGCGUCACCUGUACUUGAGGGGUGGUGUUGGCGUUGGUGCCAUGACCAAGAUUUACGGUGGCCGCCAAAGGAACGGUGUGAAGCCCAGUCACUUCAGCCGUGGUUCCAAGUCUGUGGCUAGGAAGGUGCUGCAGGCUCUGGAAGGCCUGAAGAUGGUGGAGAAGGAUCCUAAUGGUGGCCGCAGACUGACUCCACAAGGACAGAGAGAUCUAGACCGUAUCGCUGGCCAGGUCGCAGCAGCGAACAAGAAGCAUUGAAUAUGUGUAUCGUGUAUUGGAGAAUGAUUAAAGUUUUCAGUUCUAA